UCGUGGACUCAGACACACGGCUUCUUCAAGUUUGUGCACAUGAGUGAUUUCAUGCUUUAUGUGGACGAAGAACCCUACCUCACACUACUGCCUAAUGACAUUCUCGAACUGUCGCGUAAAGAGUGUGUCGACUUCCCUAUUCUAACGGCGAACCAGAUCUAUGGUAGGAGCAAAGGCAAUGCGAUAUCGAAAGGGUUAUUUGUUGUACGGCUCAGAACCCGCGCCAUCUAUCACCUCGAAACCACCCAGUUUGAAGUGAGGACACUCGCUUCUGCAGUUCUCACUUUCCUAACUGAUGCAGUGUGGUGGAACAAGCCUCUCAACAUAUAA